AUGGCUCAGUACAGCGCUAAGAUUUCGGACAUUCCCAAUCCUCCGUCCGAUACAGUUUCGGAGAUUGCAUUUAGCCAGAUGCAUGGCUUGAUGGCAGCAUCCAGUUGGGAUGGUACAAUUCGGACAUAUGACCUGGAAAAUCUAUACAGUCCAAACAGCAGUGUUGUGAGUUUGAACAAGCCUCUUCUUACAUGUUGCUUCAGCAAAGAGACUCCUUCAUUGGCUUUUGCAGGUGCUGCUGACGGAAGCUUACAAAUGGUGGACCUCCAGACUAACCAGGUCUCAUCCUUUCAAGCACACGACGAAGGAGUCAAGUCUGUAAGAUGCUUUUCAAACAUGUUGAUUACAGGCUCAUGGGAUAAGACAGUUAAGUUCUGGGACGUCAGGUCGUCCAAGCUUGUGGUUUCUCUAGACCUUCCAGGAAAGGUUUAUGCCAUGGAUCUUGAGAAAGAAUUACUUUCAAUGUCUCUUUCACGAAACGAAGUGAUUACAUACAAUCUGAACAACAUAAACCAAAAGAAACCUCAUGUCUCAAAACUAAAUUGGAUGAUUAGGUCUAUAGCCUGUGCCCAGGACAACGAAACCUUUGCAGUUGGAGGAAUAGAAGGAAAGGCAGAAAUAUUCAACGUCAAUUCUCCUGUGAAGAAGAUGAUCUUUAGAUGCCACAGAGUUGACAAUAAGGUCUAUGCUGUCAACUCUGUAUCAUUUCUUCCAACUAACCAUAACAUACUUGUUACCGCAGGAAGUGAUGGUACCAUCGUAUUUUUUGACUCGCAGGCAAGGACAAAAAUGUUUACUCAAACGGAAAGCCAGCCUAUAACUUAUGGAAGAUUUAACACAAACGGAAGCUAUUAUGUCUAUGCCACCGGAAAUGAUUGGUCUACAGGAUACGUAACGACCUACAGACCUACACAGCUUAAGGCCAUUCAGGUCAGCACUACUGGUGUAAAGGUAUAA